AUGUCAAGGUCCGCGACACCCGCGUUGCCGCUGCAUAAUGCACAAACCUACGAUACACCGCGAUCCUCCUCCACCAACCCAUUAGGUGGACGGCCCGAUGCUCCAACAUCUACAUCAACAUCCACAUACUCAUGGCUCGAACCUCAUGAAACUGCAGAGCGACUGCAUACCUCACUACUACAUGGGCUAACUCCUGCCGAAGCGGAAAUCCGUCUUGCUCGCGAUGGCCCCAACGAGCUUCCCCACGAAGAACCAGAGCCCCUCUGGCUGCGGUUCCUCAAACAAUUCAAAGAAACCUUGAUUCUCCUCCUCCUCGCGUCUGCAGGCAUCUCGUUUGUCAUGGGCAACUAUGAUGAUGCUGUAAGCAUUACCCUUGCAGUCACCAUUGUGGUUACGGUCGGCUUUAUCCAGGAAUAUCGAUCAGAAAAGUCGCUGGAGGCAUUGAGUCGCCUAGUACCGCACUUCGCCCAUCUUAUCCGUGACCUCCCAACAGCUAGCAACACUGGCAAUAAUGCUACUCAAUCAUCGUCAAGCCCCCGGGAGGAAGCCGAAGAACUCAGGAGCAAGAGCCCGGGCGCCGCAUCGGCCGCCAUUAAAGCAUCCUCUACCGUCCCCGCAAACGAGUUGGUACCCGGAGACUUGGUUCUCUUCUCAACCGGUGACCGCAUUCCUGCCGAUAUUCGAAUUACCGCCGCAACGGAUCUCACCAUUGACGAAUCGAACUUGACUGGCGAGAAUGAGCCGGUUGUGAAGUUUGCAGCGGCCCUUCGUAUUGCGCCUGGUGGUGCUGUGCAGGCUCUUAAGGACAUUGAUCCUCCUCGGUCGCCAUUCUACGACGCCCCUGCUAGCGGUGCUGUCGGUGCAGAUGUUCGUUUGAAUGAGCAGCAUAACAUUGCGUUCAUGGGCACUCUGGUCCGUUCAGGAUACGGUCAAGGAAUUGUGAUCUCAACCGGUGCGAAGACGGAGUUUGGAAGCAUUUCAGCCUCUCUUCAGGAAAUUGAAAGUCCCCGGACUCCAUUGCAGUUGUCGAUGGAUCGCCUGGGGCAGGAAUUGAGCUAUAUCUCUUUUGGAGUAAUCGGGCUGAUUAUGGUCAUUGGCUUAUUGCAAGGUCGCAAAGUAUUGGAAAUGUUUACCAUUGGUGUUUCACUCGCAGUUGCGGCCAUUCCAGAAGGCUUGCCGAUUAUUGUGACCGUUACACUUGCUCUGGGCGUGCUUCGCAUGGCCAAGAGAGGCGCUAUCAUGCGCAGACUCCCCAGUGUGGAAACGCUUGGCUCCGUCAAUGUUGUCUGCAGUGAUAAGACUGGAACUCUCACCAUGAACCAUAUGACUGUUACUAAGAUGUGGCACUUUGAUUGCGAUGAGGCAUUCGAGGUUCAGCGGGACACUGCUUCGACACUUUCCCCUGGUCCUGCUGCACGCACCAUUCUUCGGGUCGGAAACAUUGCAAACAAUGCUCGUCUCUCGCGCACUCACGCAAACUCACCAGCUAGCGCUUCUUCGGCAGCAGUUCUCUCCUCGACCGUCGACAGGGAUUCGAGUGCUGUGAAAAGUCGAUGGGUUGGUCAGCCUACCGAUGUCGCUAUUCUAGAUCUAUUGGACAUCUUGGGAGAAGACGAUGUCCGUGAUCGGAUUAGCGCUCGUGUCUCUGAAACCCCCUUUAGCUCUGAGCGAAAGUGGAUGGGUGUGAUCAUCGGUAGUGGCACUCCUGGGGAAUCCCAUGGAGGGUCUAAUGUGGCGUACAUCAAGGGCGCUCUUGAGCAAGUUUUGGCCCGGUCAGACACAUAUCUGACCAAGGAUGGCCGUGAGGUCAUUUUGGACGAACCUCGACGCAAGAUUAUCCGCAAUGCGGCAGACCAAAUGGCAUCAGAGGGGCUCCGAGUGCUUGGCUUUGCCAGCGGUGCUGCUCGGGACCAAUCCCGGGGUAUGAAGGGAUUCGGUAGCCGGUCUAGCACUCCCGUCUCUAAGCCGGGCAGCCCAAAGGAUGAUGACGAUCGGUAUAAUGGACUGGUGUUUGCAGGCUUAGUUGGCAUGAACGAUCCCCCUCGCAAGGAUGUGCACAAGUCCAUCCGGCGUCUCAUGGCAGGUGGAGUUCGUGUCAUUAUGAUUACAGGUGACGCCGAGACAACGGCCGUGGCCAUCGGGAAGAAACUUGGAAUGCCCAUCAAUGAAUCUGCUGGGUCUCGAUCAGUCAUGCGUGGUGAUGAAAUCGACCACAUGACAACUGCACAGCUCGCUCAGGCGAUUUCCACCACUUCGAUCUUUGCCCGUACCAGUCCCGACCAUAAGAUGAAGAUUGUCCGUGCAUUGCAGUCCCGUGGAGACGUGGUUGCCAUGACUGGCGACGGUGUCAACGACGCCCCUGCUCUGAAGAAGGCUGACAUUGGCAUUUCGAUGGGCCGACUUGGCACCGAUGUUGCCAAGGAGGCAGCCGAUAUGAUUUUGACGGAUGAUGAUUUCUCGACUAUCCUUCGAGCCAUUGAGCAAGGCAAGGGAAUUUUUUAUAAUAUUCAAAACUUCAUUACCUUCCAGCUCAGCACCAGCGUGGCUGCGCUGAGUCUGGUGUUACUCAGCACGACCCUCGGAUUUAAGAAUCCACUGAAUGCCAUGCAGAUCCUGUGGAUCAAUAUUCUCAUGGACGGCCCUCCGGCCCAAUCUCUUGGAGUCGAGCCUGUUGACCCCAUGAUCAUGAACCGGCCCCCACGACCAAAGACCGCGCGGGUGUUGACAAAGCCUCUUAUCCAACGCGUUCUGACUUCUGCCAUGGUUAUCAUGCUGGGCACGCUUGCCAUCUACAUCCAUGAGAUGGGCGAUGCGACCGACGGCCAGCCUCUGGGCGCCCGGUCCGGCGUGGUCACCGCCCACGACACCACCAUGACCUUCACCUGCUUUGUUCUCUUCGACAUGUUCAACGCCCUGACAUGUCGUAGCGAAGGCAAGUCCGUGCUCCGGGGCGAAAUCGAGCUAUUCGGAAACAAAAUGUUCAACUACGCAGUGCUCGGCUCGUUGGCCGGCCAAGCCUGUGUCAUCUACCUCCCUUUCCUGCAACGCAUCUUCCAAACCGAGGCCCUCAGUUUUGGAUCCCUGUUUAAGCUUGUUUGUCUCGCGAGCUCUGUAUUCUGGGUCGAUGAAGGCCGUAAGUACUACCAUGCGCUCCGUCGUCGGGGUGGUCUCGGCGCUGGCUAUAGCGUCAAUGUCUGA